UCUAGAUAGCGAUAACCUGGAAUCAACGGUCAAAUUUCUUGUGGGCGCCGACAGAUUCGUACGGUGCUUGGGUGCCAUCAUCAUCUUGAAUUCACUCACUCCUCCUUCUCACUCCUCACUUCUCACUGCAAGCCCAACAGCCACCUCUCCUUAGUACAUCAGAACAUAUAAGUUUAGCUUUCUCAGUCAAGAAGGGAAGAAGAAGGAAGCAAAAAUGCCCGGCUCAUCCCUCUGGCUCGUCCCACCGCCAAGCCACCCGCUGCACGGCAUCCUCAACACCCUGGUCAGCACCACGCUGCCGGCCCGGUUCCCCCGCGAAAGCGCCUCAUCCCCGGCGGUGGCCCCGCACUUUUUCGCCGUGCACAUGACGCUGACGUCCGAGAUCGACCCAGCCCGCUACGGCAGCGACCCCCAGGCCUGGCUGGACAGCAUCCCGUGGCCAUCGUCGUCGUCAUCAUCAUCAUCACCCGGGCGUGGCGGAGGCGGUGGCGUCAGGGUCCGCUUUGAGCGGGUCGAUACGCAGGACGUUUUCUUCAGGAGGUGCUUUAUCCGGGUCGGGUUCGACGGUGUUAGGGAGGUUGCGGGGUUAGCGAGGGAGUAUGGGGUCGUGAAAGGAGGGAAUGAAGGUGAAGAGGGUACGAAAAAGUUGCUGUUCAGCAAAGAGACGGAGGAGUGGUUGGUCUGGUGGAGGGCGGAGUAUGGGCCGCACGUUAGUUUGAUUUACGGGGAUGUACCGAUGGAAGAUGAAGUGAUGAAGCAGGUGGCAAAGGUGGUGCGGGAAGCUGGGGUCAAGCUACCUCAGGAUAGCGCUGGCGAAACCGAAGAUGGAAGCCAGUUGGACGGUUGGGAUGGCGGAGUGGUCUGGCUUGUACCGACAGACAGGCCCGUUUCAGAGUGGAAGCCGAUCGCCACAAGGGUACUCUAGGUGGUCGACACGCC